CACGAGCUCACGUGUACGCGUAUCUGGCAUGUGUGCGUGUGAACCCGGCGGUGCUUUUCUGGCAUCUCUGCUUCGAUCUUAAUUUUUGUGGAGUCCAUUCUGACCUCAAACUUUGAUUUCACUCUAUCAAAUUUAUUUAAAUCUCAAUAUUUGUUAAUCCAGGCUCAAUAUUAUCGUUGUUAAUAAUUGAAAACCAAAUCUUGAGGAAUUUGACAAAAAUAAUACUCGCAUAAUAUUAACAAUACUAAUAAAAUAUUUGCAUCGCAGGCCAUUUUGUGUUCACAACUUGAUAAUAACAAUCGUUUCAAACGUAUUAUCGAUAGUUUAUCGAAUUGGAAGACGCUGUUGCCAACAUGGCGGCCUCCUCGUCUCAUAAAAUCGAAGAUCCGAAUUGCGAAUGACAUUAAUAAUUGUUGAAUCAUCGUUGAAAAUAAACAAUUCUUCACAAAUAUUUGGCAAAUCGAAACAAAGGAAACGUUUAUGCUAGUGCCAAAAGAUGGUAAAGUUGUAUGCAUUGUCAGUCCUGUACAAGAAUCCCACAUCGGCCAUUGCAUUGAAGUCUGCGUACGAUGUGGAGUCGUUCUCAUUCUUCCAGCGGGGAAGCGUUAAGGAGUUCAUGAGCUUCGUUAGCAAAACUAUCGUUGAACGGACUCAAAUUAGUUCCAGGCAGAGCGUGAAAGAAGGAGAUUACAUGUGUCAUGUGUACGUAAGAGCGGACAACCUGGCUGCAGUUCUCAUAUCAGACCACGAAUAUCCCAGAAGAGUUGCACACACUUUAAUAACAAAAGUGAUGGAUGAAUUUGCUGCAAAGUAUCUGAGUUCGACAUGGGAGACUCUGAAUGAAGCCACGACAGACUUUGCACAAAUCAAUAUAUAUUUAGCAAAGUAUCAGAACCCGAACGAGGCUGAUGCUCUAACAAAAAUGAAGAAUGACCUAGAUGAAACUAAUAUCAUUCUGCAUAAUACACUAUCGGCUAUUCUCCAACGGGGAGAAAAAUUGGAUGACCUGGUCGCCAAGUCAGAGGGCCUCAGCAUGCAGUCAAAAGCUUUCUAUAAAACCGCACGAAAGACCAAUUCGUGCUGCAGUUUGACUCCAUAAAAGGUUUUAUCAACUUUCAGUUAAUAUCACUGUCGGUUCCAUUAUGCAACUUGCAAAGGAAUUAAUAUUACACGCGUUGGAAGAAACAAGCAUUCGAUGUACAGAUUGUACUUAAGUACGUCAAACUUGUAAAUUUGCGCAACUGUUAGUGAUCUGUGGAAAGGAAUUCGAGCUGCACAUUCCGAUUCUUCUGUCGCCCAAUGGACAUGAAACACGAAAAAAGGUUAAUCGUGCAAAGAAUGUAUGUACAUUGGGAAUACAAUUUUUAAAUUUAUUAGAACAAAAUAUUUAUUCGUGUUUCAGCAAUGUGUGUUUUAACUUGUGACUGUAGCGUACAACGAAUGGUACUUUCAGUAUUUACGAUACCAUUUCUUUCUUAUUACAUCAGAUAUAUUAGUUUUACGUAGCAUUCGACAAAUUUUCUAUUGCGUAUGACCAGAAUUUACUAUUUUUACACUGACUUGAAAAGGUUGUAAGCCUGAUGAAGUGAAAAUGAUUUAUUUGGUAAAUUUUGUAAACUAUUUCUGUAUAAACUAAAAUAUUUAUAGAAUUUUUGUGAACCGUUGUGGCAAAACUUCUCCGUAAUUAAUGUUCUCGUUUUUGAGGGAUACGUGUAAUAUGGAACCAAGUUCCAACUAACCGUGCUCUUCGUGAGCAGGUCUAUAUUUUUAACAUGUAUGUUUCAUGUCUUAAAAACAAAAUAAUAAUAGAAUUAUUCAAUAUUAUAUAGUGUUUCCAUAGAUUAAUUUAUUAUGUUUAUUUAUUAAUAUGUGCCAUAAUUAAGAAAAUGAGCGAGUUAUCUAUGUUUCAUUAAUCACGAACAACAUAGAAACAAUGGUUCGAAUGGGUUUCAAUCAAAUAAAGAUUUUUUGCGACGUAAUGCAAUUGAGAAUUCGAAUUUGAAAUGUAGAGCAAAAUUUCAGUGUUUUGGUACAAGAAUAUUCACUUUUAGAGUUAAAUAGUGUGAGCAUCGAUAGACUCGUAAUAAUUAGGAUUGCCAAAUGAAGGUUAAAAUUUCUUCUUACUUCACCCACACAAGCCAGUAAACUUGUCCCGCUCCUCACCGAACACUGAAAAUAUUCAUCAGUCUGGUUCAUGCUUAUGUCUAUUUGCGUCUGCGUAGUAUAUAAUACAGUACCUGGUUUCUUU